CAAAAUCAUUUGUUAAAAUGAGUUUCAUCGAAAAUUUUAAAAUAUUUUAACUGUAAAUUUAUUUUAAAAACACCCUGUAUUUUUAAUUUAACUCUUGAUUUUUUGUUGAUACACAUUUUUCACAUUUUGUACAAUUAAUUAACAAUGGCUUCUUCUGACGAAUACGAAUUUGAUGAGGCCAUGAAACUAGCCCGCGCCAAUCCCAGGCUAUCUGUUUCCGCUGAAGUAUUUGGCGACAACCAUAGCAAGUCAAAGGUUGUGAUCCCCAACUACGAGAAAACUCCUCAAGAACAGGCCAAGAUCAUGGAAAUGAUCAAAAGUUGUUUCCUCUUCUCUGGUGUUACUUCAUCUGGUUUGGAUCUUUUGGUGAAAGCCUUUGACUUCAAAGCAGCAAAUGCCGGCGAUGUCCUGAUUAAGCAGGGCGAUGACGGAGAUAAGCUGUACCUGAUCGAAUCAGGAACCGUUGAAGUCACCAAGAAAUCCGCCUCUGGUGCUGAGGAAUUUCUUUGCACUCUGACUGAUGGCGACUACUUUGGCGAGUUGGCCCUGAUGUACAAUUCCCCAAGGGCUGCAACUGUCGUUGCUAAGACUGAAAUGCACCUUUGGACUUUGGACAGGACCACCUUCAACCACGUCGUGAGAAUGGCGGUGAUUAAGAAGAGGGAGAAGUACGACUCAAUUCUCGCAAAACUCGACCUCUUCAAGAAAGUCGGCCCCUAUGACCGUUGCAGACUCGCUGACGCCUUAGUUGAGAGGACUUAUGAGGACGAGACUGUUAUCAAACAAGGCGAGCCUGGCUCAAGUCUCUUCAUGGUCCUUGAAGGACAGGCUGAAUCCUUUGUUGAGAACAAACUUGUCAAGUCUUACAAUCCAGGAGACUAUUUUGGCGAGAUUGGUUUCAUCCUAAAGAAACCAAGAGCCUCAACAGUUAAGGCAAAGGGGAAAUGCUUGUUUGUUGAGUUGGAGAGGGAGAACUUCAUUAACCUCCUCGGCCCCAUGGAGGACGUUUUGAACAAAAACAUCAAGAAUUACAAGAAGGUCCUUGAGGAGCUCAAACUCGAAAACAAACAACUGAAAUCGCUCGGACACCAAUAACUGUAUAAUUUCAUAUGUACCAUA